UCCAUAAUGAGUGCUUUUGAUUUUUCAGCUGCGUUCGCAACGACGCCGUCUAAGUUCGGUUUCAAGUCGCAGCACCGCGUCAGCACUAGACGAGUUAGAAUUGUCGCGUCGUCGUUGUGGCCGAACACAAACUCAGUCGUUUCUCCACCGUCGCCGGGAGAAUCAAAUGGAGCUUUGGAGGUUAACGGCGCCGUUGAUAAAUCUUACUCGUUUUUGAAAUGCGAUGGAUCGAAAACCGUUCACGCUGCUGAGAGAUUAGGUCGAGGCAUCGUUACAGAUGCAAUCACUACUCCUGUAGUGAACACUUCUGUCUAUUUUUUUAAGAAAACGGCUGAUCUCAUUGAUUGGAAGGAGAAAAGACAAUUUAGUUAUGAAUAUGGACGAUAUGGAAAUCCAACAACAACCGUUUUAGAAGAAAAGAUGAGUGCAUUGGAGGGAGCUGAAUCGACUCUGUUCCUAGCAUCUGGGAUGUGUACAAGCUCUGUCAUGUUCUUGGCACUUGUUCCAGCUGGUGGACACAUUGUUACCACAACCGAUUGCUAUAGGAGAACCAGAAUAUUCAUUGCCAACAUGCUUCCAAAAAUGGGAAUUACGGCCACCAUAAUUGAUCCUGCUGAUAUUGACGCUUUAGAAGCUGCCUUGGAAAAUAACAAAGUUUCGCUCUUCUUUACUGAGACACCAACAAAUCCAUUCCAAAGAUGUGUUGAUAUUAAGCUGGUUUCAGAGCUUUGUCAUAGAAAAGGAGCUUUAGUUUGCAUUGAUGGAACAUUUGCUACACCUAUUAAUCAAAAAGCACUUUCUCUUGGAGCUGAUCUUGUUGUAAAUUCUGCAACAAAAUACAUUGCCGGACACCAUGAUGUUUUGGCUGGUUGCAUAAGUGGUUCAGAGAAGUUGAUUUCAAAAGUUCGAAGUUUUCAUUUCAUUUUGGGCGGCACUCUUAGUCCUGUAUACAUUUUUACUAGAUUGCGCUCUAAGUUCGAAUUUGAGUCACUAGAAUUAGUUGUUAUGUUGAUAUUGAUAAAUAUUUAUGUUAAUCAGAAUUCUGCAUACCUAGUCAUUAGAGGUAUGAAAACUUUGCAUCUUCGUGUGCAACAUCAAAAUUCAACAGCAUUGAAGUUAGCCAAACUCUUAGAGACACAUCCUAAGGUGCAACGAGUUUAUUAUCCGGGUUUGCCAAGUCAUCCCGAAUAUGCUCUCGCUAAGAGGCAAAUGUUUGGUUUUGGAGGCGUUGUUUGUUUCGAUAUUGAUGGAGAUAUAAUGAGGACUAUAAAAUUUGUUGAUGCAUUGAAAAUUCCAUACAUUGCUCCAUCUUUUGGUGGUGUUGAGAGUGUUGUGAAUCAGCCUGCAAUUAUGUCUUAUUGGGAUCUUCAAAGGCUAGAGAGAGAAAAAUAUAAAAUUUACGAUAAUACUGUUCGUUUCUGCGUAGGAGUUGAAACAUAUGAAGAUUUAAAGGAUGAUAUUUUACAAGCUCUUGAAAUCAUAUAAAACUUUAAUG